UGGCAAUGUCUUGGUGGCCCGCCGAUACGGGAGGCGAGUCAUGAGCUGGGCGGUACCUACGGAGAACAAGCACAGUAGUUUUGUGAAAAGGGAAAUGUACAAAGAGUACUGGGACCCGGCGUUUAAACGGGCGCGAUGGGAAUCAUACUUCUCCGCCGCAGCCGAGGAGGAAAGGCAACAGGCAGAAAGGAUCUACGCAUGGAUGUGGCAAGGCUUUUCUGCCGAGGAUUUCUUCGGGGCUCAAUUCGGAGAAGAGGGCCGUAAGGGGUUCCGACGGCGAGCAGGGGCACGGCGGGUUGAAGCCCUGAAGACGCUGGAGCUCUCAAGCAACCCUUUGGAGGAGUUGAAGGAGGAGACGAGUAUCCCCUGAAGAACGCGCCAAAAGCAGCCAGGAGUUCAAGAAGGUGAACGCGGCUUUCACUUUCUUGAUGGAAGAGGUGGUAGAAGGGAGAAAGAGGGAGGAGGAGGAUGACUGGUAGGGCAGGCAGGACGGAGGGGUGGAA